GGAGUUCAUUUGCAGUGGCUGGAGACCGUGGCGUGUCCAUUCUCUCCACCUCUCUUUCUCUCUGCCUCUUUUGCUCUCUCAAAUGAAUAACUAGAUAAAAUUUUAAAAAAGAUUUAACUGUAAACUACCAAAUUCCAUACACCUUUACUUGGAAAUUAUUGGCUCAAAGAGCUAUCAACAAGGGACACCAGCAUGAGAGCCUGAGUUUUAUCCCUGGAACCUGCCCUGGUCGUGCAUGCCUAUUAUCCCGUCCAUGAAUGGGCAAAGGCAGGAUGAUAGCUGGGACAAUGCUGCUAAGUCCUCUGCGAGGUUGACGUGUAGCCCGGCUCCCUUAGACCACAGCUGCAGUGACCUCUUUAUGCCUUGGACCAACUUCCUCAGUCCUUUGGAUCUGAGGGAAAUGGCAAACAUGGAUCAUGAUUCCAGGUGUCUCCUCACCCCUGAGCUGGAGCAGGAAGUAGGUUCUGGACCUAUGAACAUCCAGUUUGAUUCAUCAGAUCUAAGAUCCAAAAGGCCUUUCUAUAUAGAGCCCACAAACAUCGUCGGUGUGCAUGAUGUCAUUCAGAGGGUCAGUGACCAUGCCUCUGCCAUGAACAAGAGGAUCCACUACUACAGCCGGCUCACCACGCCUGCCGACAAGGCCCUGAUUGCCCCAGACCACGUCGUGCCGGCGCCAGAGGAGUGCUAUGUGUACAGCCCACUGGGCUCUGCUUAUAAACUGCAGAGUUACGCGGAGGGACACGGGAAGAACACCAGUUUAGUAACUAUUUUUAUGAUUUGGAAUACCAUGAUGGGAACAUCUAUACUAAGUAUUCCUUGGGGCAUAAAACAGGCUGGAUUUACUACUGGGAUGUGUGUCAUCGUGUUGAUGGGUUUCUUGACACUUUAUUGCUGCUACAGAGUGGUGCAGUCAAGGACGAUGAUAUGUUCCUCAGAUACGACUACCUGGGAAUAUCCAGAUGUCUGCAGACAUUACUUUGGUGCCUUUGGGCAGUGGUCAAGUCUCGUUUUCUCACUGGUGUCUCUCAUUGGAGCAAUGAUAGUUUAUUGGGUGCUUAUGUCUAAUUUCCUUUUCAAUACUGGGAAGUUUAUUUUCAAUUUUAUUCAUCAAAUUAAUGAUACAGACACAAUACUGGAGACCAAUGAUAGCAACCCAGUCAUUUGUCCCAGUGCUGGGAGUGGCGGUCACCCGGACAACAGCUCCAUGAUCUUCUAUCCCAACGAUACAGAAGCCCAGCAGUUCGGCAGGUGGUGGAACAAGUCGAGGACCGUGCCCUUCUACCUGAUAGGGCUGCUUCUGCCGUUGCUCAAUUUCAAGUCGCCUUCAUUUUUUUCAAAAUUUAAUAUCCUAGGCACAGUAUCUGUUCUCUAUUUGAUUUUUCUUGUCACCUUGAAGGCUAUUCGCUUAGGAUUUCAUUUGGAGUUUCACUGGUUUGUGUCAACAGAAUUUUUUGUACCAGAGAUAAGGCUUCAGUUUCCACAACUGACUGGAGUGCUCACACUCGCUUUCUUCAUUCAUAACUGUAUCAUCACACUCUUGAAGAACAAUAAGAAUCAAGAAAACAAUGUGAGAGACUUGUGCAUUGCUUACAUGCUGGUGACGUUAACUUACCUCUACAUCGGAGUCCUGGUCUUUGCUUCAUUUCCUUCCCCUCCGUUAUCCAAAGAUUGUAUUGAGCAGAAUUUCUUAGACAACUUCCCUAGCAGUGACACCCUGUCCUUCAUUGCACGGAUAUUCCUGCUAUUCCAGAUGAUGACGGUGUACCCACUCCUCGGCUACUUGGCUCGUGUCCAGCUGUUGGGCCAUAUCUUCGGUGACGUGUAUCCUAGUAUUUUCCACGUGCUGAUUCUUAAUUUAAUUAUUGUGGGAGCUGGAGUGAUUAUGGCCUGUUUCUACCCAAACAUAGGCGGGAUCAUAAGGUAUUCCGGAGCGGCAUGCGGCCUGGCUUUCGUGUUCAUCUGCCCAUCUCUGAUCUACAUAAUUUCCCUCCACCAAGAAGAGCGUCUGACAUGGCCCAAAUUAGUCUUCCACGUUUUCAUCAUUAUUUUGGGCCUGGCUAACCUGAUCGUUCAGUUCUUUAUGUGAAAACUGUCUCCUCAAGAUCUCUCAUGGCACUUUGAGCCUUGGCAACACCCCUGCAUAAAAAACAAAACAAAACACUGGAAAUGCAGUUCUUGCUGUAAAUCUACAUGUCCCUCUAGGAUGAUUGGUCUCCGGAAAAGUAUUUUUGUAUUAGGGUGGGCACAGGGGCACUGAGGAGGAACCCAGCCUCUCUCCAUCCUGCCUUGCCUCUUCGUGCGUCUUUGUCCUGUCUGAGUCGAGACAUAGGAAGCGUCAUACUGGAUCUUCCUCUGUUCCAGUAGGCCGAGUUGCUUUGCCUACAGCAAGGAUUCUCAGGGUGUUGCGGUGGCGUGUUGCUGACCCGUUUCCACUUUGUUUCACUCUCAUUGUCAUGCUGGACCAUUGGUCCAGUUUGCCUGAACCUCUACUGUUGGAAACAGUGAACCAAAUACCUCAUUUUUUUAAAAAGAAGUUUUCAUGGCAUCGUUGCUAGUGGAAUGGAUUCUUAACUGAAUUUUUAACCUACUUGAAGAACAAAAAUUUUUAACUAAGGUCAAUAUAGGCUUUAUGACCAGAAAAAUACCUGUGCAGUAAGGCAUGUAUAAGAUAUGUGCUGUAAUCCCAACACUUGGAAGUAGAGGCAAGAGGAUCAGGAGUUCAAGGUCAACCUUAGCUUCAUAGUAAGUUUGGGGCCAGCCUGGGCUAUAUGAAGCUCUGUCUCAAAGUACAGAAAGUUUAAAAAAAAAAAAGAGAGAGAGAGAAUUAUACAUAAGAUGAAGUGGGAGAGCUGCUUACUAUCAGACUGUUCUAUUUCUUAUCCAUUUCGAACAGCUUAGGUUGAAAUUACAAUUCCCCAGGCCAGAUUGUUAGAUAGAAAACAAGAAUGAUUGUCUCCAUAGACCAAGGCGACUCUUGCUUCUGGGGUCCUUGAGAAUCGCAUAGACUGUCAUGAUAAGCCCCUUGGAAGAGAAAGCACAUGAGGUACCCCACUGCCCCACCCCCGAAAGAGAAGGGGAAUAGGCCAAGCAGGGUGAGACUUUCUUCCCAUCGUACCCCGAGGAGUCCUCAGCACGUGAAAGUGGUUCCCAUACCACAGGGGAGAAGAUUCCUUCUGCUUCAGACAUACACUCCCCUCUGGACGUCUCCCAAAGGACAUGUCCUGUCCUCCACCUCUGUCCUCCACCUUCUCCAAUCACGACCACUGGCAGGUCAGAGUUAACGUCUCUGUAAGAGAAGCUGACAUCUGAGUAAAGCGUUGAGGAAUCUAGUCACCUCGAGUCAGCACUCCCAAACUAAAAGCUCACUCUGAGUCCCAGUCUGUCUUCCAUGGCGCACAACCUCAGUGUUCAGCCCAGGACCACCAACAUUUAGAUUCUUAAUGUCAGGCUCAAAACGUAUCGUGGUCAGUGAUUUCUCCACCCCAGGCCAGUAUGUCGAUUUGGGGAAUGUCCUUCCUUUGACAAAGACAGAUGAAAUCCUAUUUUUAUAAACCUAGCAAGGAAAGGAGCUCCCUGUUUGAGACUGCUUUAGCCUCUCAGUAAAGCUUUCCAUCCUGUUUGCACAGUCAUAGGUCAGUAUGAACAAGGAGCCCAAAUUCCGAAGUUCUUCCUUCCUUUGAGUCUCACAAAAAAUUUCAAGCACACACAAAAGCCAUAAGAAUAAUAUGGUGGACCCCCCACACACACACAUAGAGUAGAGUGAUUACAGCAUUGCUGCACUUGCCUCACCUGGUUCCCCCACUGUGUUUACUUAUGAGAGAUGUUGGAGGCAAUCUCAGACACGCUGUCAUUUCAGUUUUCAUUUCUACACACCUUACUAUUCAGCCAACGGCCCAAGUUUUGACCUUUGUGGCGUUUUUAUGGAAAUGGUCUCAGAAGUUGUUUCCCAUCCCCCCACCUUUGGUUUUUCAAGGUAGGGUCUCAUUCUAGCCCAGGCUGACCUGGAAUUCACUAUGGAGUCUCAGGGUGGCCUCGAACUCACAGCGAUCCUCCUACCUCUGCCUCCCGAGUGCUGGGAUGAAAGGGGUGCACCACCACGCCCGGCUGGAAGUUUUUGCUAGGAGAAACUGCGGGUGGAAGCGGUGUUAACUGGAACGUUCUGCACUAGCCACGCUGACCCCGCGUUUACCUAUCUAGGAGCGCCGGGAACGGGGGUGCCUGUGUGCCAGAGCCUCGGGAGCGUCAUGGCUUGAGCAUCUUAUUCAGGCAAGAGCUUCCAAGCAGGAUACUUGGAGACUUUUCUAGGCUUCGUCCCUGCGUGACUUUCAGUGCCUCUUUUCUGUAACGUACCUGAAUGCUUCUACCUGUAAAGGUGACCUGAUGUACUUUGUCUGUGGAAUGGGUGGAUGCAGAAAGUAUGACAAUACACAUUGUUUUCUGAACAAGAA